AUGUGUUCGAUGUUGGUGUUGGUGUACAUGCACCGAUCACCGUGGCGGCCCUGCGACAGCGCGACUUCAAGGGAUUGGAAUUGCGGUGCCGUGAAGUUGUCGCCGACGUCUAUGUCAAUUAUCGCUCUAGGACGUUGGAACUUCGGCAAAGCCCUGGCGUCUUGUACCCAAAUAGGUGUUACCGUCAGAGAGCGUCGGACGAGCUUCAGCUAUGAAUUGGAGAUAGGAAGGAAGAGGAAGGCGCGUACGAGCCAACGCGCGUCUUUGGAGCCGCGCGCUCAAGCCCCUGUCACAAAAGCCGUCUAA